GUACCAAAGUACCAUUUGCGGAAAUGCUCAGUGCCGACAUCAGGCAGUUUAGCACCACGUCACUCCUUCCCACGACGCAUCUUCCCUAAGAGGUCAAGCAACAAGGCACACGUGCCCUAAUGGCUUGGAGAUGGCAUCCUCGCACAUUAGUCAAUCCCACAGAAGUUCUCCGUUGCGAAAAUCUAUCAGUCUGUACAUUGUUCGAGUCUCAUCGGCCCCAACAAGACCCAAGAGACAUCCAUCGAUCCAUCAUCAGCGUGGCCGUCCCUCACACCCUCCGAAGCUCCGUUCUAGCACCCAUAAGUCAGACAGACGCGACUCGAACCAUGGACACCGACGACAACUUGAACAAUUCUGCUCUGGUCCUGGCCACGACAACUCCGUUCCUGGCCCUGACGUCGGGAGUCGCAGGGUGAGGAUAACCUCGGAGGAACUGUCCCAGUUUGAGCAUGAGCUACGAAGCCUCAUGCCGUCAACUGGAGUCCCUGCCGCCGACGACAUUAUGAAACUAUGGAUCAACCAAUUCAAGGAGUUUCGUCAUGAAAACUACGGCAUCGACUUUGACAACAGGUAAUACACCUUCUUCACCCGCUACGGAACACAUUAUACUGACAUGCCAGUACUAGAAUAUUGAUCCUAAGCUCGGACAAAAUUGAAGCAUUCCUCCUUUCCGUUCCUGAGUUCAUUGUCGGCGAAAGGGAAGGAGGCAUGGAUUAUUUUCGCUGACGUUGAGAUGGGGCUGGCCGCGAUCUUGAGGCGAUUUGCAUCACUUUCAUUAUCGAGUUC